AUGUUUCUUAACAAUCUCGAAUUGAAAACUUUGGAACUGGGUGAGUUAUCUUCUCUUUCUGGGUUUUCAAAUCUCCAUCCGUUCAAGAAUUGUGGAAGCGGCGGAGUGGAGGAGGAAGCGGCGGGAGUGGAGGAGGAAGCGGCGGGAGUGGAGGAGGAAGCGGCGGGAGGUGGAGAGGAAGCGGCGGGAGUGGAGGAGGAAGCGGCGGAGUGGAAGGAGGAAGCGACGGGAGUGGAGGAGGCAAGCGGCGGGAGAGGAGGGGGAAGCGGCGGGAAGUGGAGGAGGAAGCGCCGGAGUGGAGAAGGAAAGCGCGAGAGUGGAGGAGGAAGCGGCGGAGUGGAGGAGGAAGCGGCAUUAGGGGCGUUGUGA